AUGCCCACGCUAGCGAUGGCGCUGCACGAAGAGAAGCCGCCGGGGCCGCCUCCGGAGCUUCUCCCCACUGCCGCUGCCGCCUCCGCGCCACCCCCCAAGAACACGCGCGGCGCCAAGGGCAAGCGGCCUGCCAAAACCAAGCCCUCCGCUGCGGCCGCUCAGGCUGCAGCGCCAGCGAACGAGCCGCCCAAGGAGAAGCCCCGGCGAGGCCGACGCCGCAUACUGGAGGACGAGGAGCAGCGCAAGGCACGGCGUAAGGCGCAGUGCAAGCUGAACCAGCGGCGUUACCGCGCUCGCCAGCGCGGGCUCAUCAGCACGCUGUCGCUGGAGACGGAGGGGCUGGGCGACCACCUGCAGGACCUGCGCGACUACCGAGACUUCCUACGCGGUUACUUUGUGCAGGCGCGAACACUCGACGUCUGGGACGACCCGCGGCCUGUGCUGGUGGCCAACCACUUCCUCCGCGCGUUCCGGGCAGGCUUCGCACUGCACUCGACCGAGUCCAGCACGCUGCAAGAGAGCUUCGUGCGCCUUGUAUGCGCGCCGGACAUCAUUGCACAGGGCGCCACCAGCGACGGCGUGGGGGCGCUGCUGCUGCAGCUCAAGCGGUACACGUCGUACCAUGGCACGUUCGAGAUACGGCCGGGCACCGUGAAGCUGGUCCACGCGCCAACGCAGGAGAUGGACACACAAGCCCAAGAGGAGAAGCUCAGCUGUGUCGUGGAGGCGCGCGGCUCCGUGAGCCUGAGGAUUUCGCGGGACACUCUCAUGCUCGUGUACCCGCACGUACUGCGGCAUCGCGACGACUUGGCGCAGCGCAUCGUGGGGCAGACGAUCGAGCCGGAGUUCACGGUGGUCUUUCACUUCGACGCGCACGCGAAGGUGACGAAACUGGAUCAGCACGUCGAUUUUGCAGGUGCUUUCCUCCAGCUACUGGGAAACGCAGAAGAUGUGGCCACGUUGCUGGAGGGCGCGUUGAUCUCACCUUUCUCCGAGCUCGGUCUGGAUCCGCAGGGCACCACGACAGAGUCGGCGCUCACGCGAGGUGGCAGCAAACAGCUCAGUCUCAAGUUUAUUCUUCUGUAG